UGUCUGAUAAAUCAUACUCUUCCUCACACGUAUUCAGCUUCUUGCUGUCUUUCUUGACCCAGUCAUUACAAGGUCGUUCAUGGCGGCCACUUCACUUCAUAUAUAACAUCUCCAUAGCCAUGCAGUUUAGCAUACCACUCCACUAUGGCUUCUUUAGCUCCAUUUCUCAUUUUUUCACUCUUCAUUUCCUUAUCUGCAUUAUCCAAUGCUCAAACAACUUCAAAACCCAAAGCCCUACUCCUCCCCAUCACCAAGGACGCCUCUACUCUCCAAUACCUCACCACUCUUAAGCUAGGAACCCCUCUCGUCGAUAAAACCUUCGCCAUCGAUCUCGGAGGCCAGCAUUUAUGGAUGGUCUGCGAAUCUGGAUAUCACUCCUCCACUUACAGGCCCGGUCAUUGCGGCUCUGCGGCAUGCUCCGUCGCUAAAUCCGAGUGCCUUAACUUUUGCUUUAGACCUUCUAAUCCUCCUCCUUCCCCUGGUUGCAACAAUAAUACUUGCAGAGUUUUAUUUAGAAAUCCUUUCUUCGGCGGUGCUGGACAACUUGAAGUUGCGCUUGAUACUAUUUCUCUUAGAUCCACCGAUGGAUCCAAAUCUGGUUCGGAAGUUUCUAUUCCCAAUUUUAUCUUUGCUUGUGCUGAAAAUCAGGAUCUUAACGAUAUUGCUACCGGUGCUAACGGAAUUAUUGGUCUCGGAACGAACAGAGUUGGUUUUCCUUCGCAGCUUUCAUCACUAUUUGGUGGAAGUUUUCGUCGAAAACUCGCGGUUUGCUUACCGUCGACUUCUAAAUCCAACGGAGUAAUGUUCUUCGGUGACUCUCCAUAUAAUUUCUACCCAGGCUAUAACACAUCAAAAGUCAUUGACGUAUCGUCAAGAUUUAUGUUCACUAAACUUUACACCAAUUUUCAAAGAACAGCAUCUCCCAGGGUCCAAGGAGAACAAUUGCUAGAGUAUUUCGUCAAGAUUACAUCAAUUCUAGUAGACGAACAUCCGAUUCCGAUAAACACAUCGCUGCUCGAGUUCCGCCGGACCGGUAUCGGUGGCUCGAAAAUAACGACAGUAAGUCCCUACACAAUUCUUGAAUCUUCUAUUUAUGACUCUCUAGUUAAGGCCUUUGAUAAAGAGAUGAUUGCAACUUGGAAAGUCAAGAAAGUUGAACCAAUAGCCCCAUUUACCGAUUGCUACACUAGAGGAAACUUGGGAAUGUCACUACUCGGGCUCGGUGUUCCCGACAUUAGUUUUGUUUUCGAGAACAAUAAGGAUGCGAUUUGGGAAAUGCAUGGAGCAAAUUCAAUGGUGGAGAUGGGUAAUGAUGUGGCUUGUCUUGGGUUUUUGAGGGUGGUUUCUGAUACAGGGACGGGGUCAUCGAUAGAAAUCGGAGGGCAUCAAUUACAGGACAACCUUGUUCAGUUUGAUCUUGCUGCUUCAAGAAUGGCAUUUACUAAUACACUUCUGUGGGAAGAAGUUGAAUGUUCUAAUUUCAAAUUUUGAAUGUGAUUAUUUAUCUAGCUUGCUAGAGCUCAUAU